AUGACGCAACGCUCAUACAAGGGUUCGAGCGGUCCCUGCAAAAUGCCAGCACACAACUCCACUGGGUGGACGGAUGAGGAUGCAGCGGGUUCCUGGGAGCAGGUGUCGUAUGGUACGAGAAAGAUGAGGACGUGCGAUGUCCGGAUCGAGUUGGUGUGGGUCAAAGGCCACGCAAAUAGUGAAGGUAACGUUCUCGCAGAUCAAGCGGCAGCCGAAAUUGUCGUGGAACAGACUGAGAACGCACUUUCACCAGUGCCCUUUCUCUCAGUUGUUAAGACCGAGCUCGACGUCCCACAGAUAUGGUGCGACCUUGGUCAGGACUGGAUCGAGAAAUGGUUUUGGCGCGCGAACCACGAACACGUGGUCGCGGAUCGCAAACAAACCACGCGGAUCAGAAGGCAGAAAUGA